AUGCAGAGCCUGCUGAGCAACCAGGCUCUGGCCAUUGCUGCCCUGGAGGAUCUACCGGUGUUGCUGUUCCCUUCGCUGUUCAUGGAGGUCUAUGCCAGGGCCCACACAGAGGUGCUGAAGGCCCUGGUGCAGGCCUGGCCUUUCUCCUGCCUCCCCCUGGGGGACCUGGCAGAGUCUCCAGACCUGGAAACCUUCAACGCUGUCCUGGAUGGGCUCGAUCUGCUACUGGCCAAGAAGGAGCGCCCCAGUCGGUGGAAACUGCAAGUCAUCAACCUGCGGAAGGAGCACCCCAACAUCUGGAUAAAGGGUUACCCUUCAAUAGCCCGAAUCUCUUAUCCAGAUGUCCUGACUGACAGGCCAACAGAGAGCUGUAGUUUGUUGAUAACUGAAGAGCAGCCCUUGAUUAUACACAAGAACCUGACCAUCAAAGAUGGCUCCCAGAAUGCUCUCCAAGCCUACCUGCUCCAGUGGGCCAGGGAGAAGCAAGAAAGAGUCCAACUCUGCUCAAGGAAGCUGCAGAUUCAUUCCAAUUCCAUCUACAUAAUCCAGAAGGCUCUCCUUACAGUGCAGCUGGACUCUAUCCAGGAACUAAAGGUAAAUAAAUUCUGGCAUCGAGAAACCAUGAAAAAAUUUGCUCCUUACCUGAGCCAGAUGAAGAACCUUCGCAUCCUCAAAUUCUCCAGGAUGAGUGCCAACUUCAACACUUCCAGACACAAGAAUUUCUCAUAUUCCUGCAAAUACGCUGUACAUCUGGGACAGCUGCAGCAUCUGCAGGAGCUGUAUGUGCACAAAGUCUUCUUCCUUUAUGGACAGCUGCCCACCAUCCUCAGGAACCUCACCCUUUUGAAGACCUUGUCUCUGAGUUCGUGUCCACUGAAGGAGGCUGACUUGUGGUUCCUGUCCCAGUGGCCCUGCUCCAGGCAGCUCAAGCACCUGCGUCUGAGGAGUUUGCCCCUGGACAACUUCAGUCCUGAGCCCCUGAGAGUCCUACUGGAGCACGCGGCCGGUACCCUGGAGACCCUGGCCCUGGAGGACUGCGCCAUCACGGAUCCCCAGCUCUUGUGCAUCCUGCCCGCCCUGAGCCUGUGCUCCCAGCUCUGCGUCUUCAGUUUCUAUGGAAACCACAUCUCCAUGUCUGCCAUGCAGAGCCUCCUGAGCCACAUAGCCAGGCUGCCUCAUUUGAGACGAGGGCUCUACCCUGCCCCUCUGGAGAGCUACCACCCUCAAGGCUGUAGGGUUGGGAACUUUGACUCUCAGAGAUUUGCCCAGGUUCAGGCUAGGUUGGCACAGGCAUUGAGAGACAUGGGGACUACUCAGAAGGCCCAGAUCUGUACCAAUUUCUCUCAUCGUCACAAAACAUGCCAAUUCUAUACCCUGGGGCCCGAAGGCAACUGGGUGGUCACCAUGGAGCGUCUUCCUGGCCUUUCUGCUCUGCCUCUGUAG